UCGUUCCCCUUGUCCUUGUGGAUAAGUUGGGUUUAGUUGAAAUAUAAUCAAGCGAGCUUUCUCGUGAAAAAAACAACAUUGAUGUCUUGUAUGUAUUUCCGAAAGAUUUUUUUUGUCAUUUAACAGCUUUUAAAAAAUAAUUUUAAAAUUUAACACCUUAUUUAAUUUUUUAUUUUUAAAAUAUUUAAAUACAAUAGAAUUAAGUAAUGUGUUAAAUUACAAAAGUUGGUUUUUUUUAAGGGUGUUAAAUGUCAAAUAAAUCAAUUUCCGAAUGUACAAUGGGAAUUAGAUUUUAUUGGAUUGGGCCUUUUAUGUUCUUUCCUCAAAUCAGCCCAAUACUACUCAUGAACUCCCAAAUAAAAAUGACCAAUCCCAAACCCGUAAACCAUCGAUUCCUUCUUCAGUUCUUCCUCAACCUCCAGGUUUAUGCAGGGUUUUAGCCGGGUGACGAGAGGGAGAGAACGUGAGAAGUAGAGGACUAGAGGGAGAAGGAAGAAGCAACAAUGGCGAUUUACGCUCACAGACGACUUAUUUUCUCUCUUCGUCAACCAUUUCAAUCCAAUUUCAAUUAUAUUUACUCAAUUUAUCGCCCCUAUUCACCUUCUCUUCAUUUUCGAUCAUCUUCAUUUUCUUCAACCUCAGCUCUUCGGAAAUCCCUGUCAUCUUUCAAUUUGUCUCAAUUGAAACAUGACUUUAACUUCAGAGGCAGCUUCAAUGGAGGCGUUCGAAGCUUCGCUACUCGAUUAUCUGAGUCAUCUUCUAGAAACAAUGGACCGCCUAAAGAGACGAUUAUGCUGGAAGGUUGCGAUUUCGAGCAUUGGCUUGUUGUUGUAGAAAAUCCUGAUCCGCAGCUCACUCGCGAUGAUAUCAUUGAUGGUUAUAUCAAAACCCUAGCUCAGAUUAUUGGAAGUGAAGAAGAAGCCAGAAUGAAGAUUUAUGCCGUUUCUACACGCCAUUACUUUGCUUUUAGUGCUUUAAUUUCAGAGGAGCUCAGUUAUAAGCUCAAAGAGCUGCCAAAUGUUAAAUGGGUUCUCCCAGAUUCUUACAUGGAUGUUAAGAACAAAACCUAUGCUGGAGAGCCUUUCAUCAAUGGGCAGCCAGUUCCAUAUGACCCAAAAUAUCAUGAGAUAUGGGUUCGAAACCAUGCUGAAUCCCAGAGAAAUAAAAACAGAAGUUCGAGAAGGCCAAGGGAUCCAAACUCGCGAUCAAGAUCACCCACAUCUGUAUCUGCACGUGACAAUUCGAAUCAAAACUGGAUAUCUGAGCCUAAUCCUCAAAAUCAGGCCCUACAGACACAGACAUCAAACAGGCAUAACCAGACUUCUCAGCCUUCAUCUUUAUCAGGUCCUGGUAAUCACCAGCAGAACCAGAUAUCUUCUGUUGAUUCUUUAAAUGAAGCUGCACGUUCAUCUCAAUUGCAGAUGCCUCCCCGCUGGCAAAGCCAAGUUCAGAAUCAAGCUCCGCCAACCUAUUCACAAAACCAGGCCCCUCCAACCUAUUCUCAGAAUCAGGCUCCUCUAGCAUAUUCUCAGAAUCAGGCUCCUCCAACCUAUGCCCAGAAUAAAGCUCCUCUUACUUAUGCUCAGAAUCAUCAAGCUCCUUCAACCUAUGCUCAGAAUCAUCAAGCUCCUCCAACCUAUGCUCAGAAUCAGCAAGCUCCUCCGACCUAUUUUCAGAAUCAGCAAGCUCCUCCAACCUAUUCUCAGAACCAUCAAACUCCUUCAAUCUACCCUCAGAACCAGGCUCUUCAACCUUCCCUCGUGCAUAACCAUUCUAUGCCCACGACCCCACCUCCUCCACUUCAGCAUUCUGGUUCAAUGAAUCGAAACUCACACGGCUGGGGCGGCCAAAGCCAUAGCUGGGCACCUCCAGAAGGAUCUACAAAUCAAGCCCGUCAUCCAUCUCACAUGCUGAACCAAACACCUCCAAGGUCGUCCGCAUCGAACUCGUAUGAUCCAGCAAAUGUUCAGAGCCAGAGUCAGAAGACUGCCACUAGAUACCAAAGUCACCCUCCACAACCCCCAAGCCCAGAACCUUCAAAUCUUGCAAGUAAAAAUCCGUAUCUAGUGGCAUUGAAGGGGUUAUGUGUUGAAGGAGAAUACCAAAGUCGGUCAUCCCAACCCCAAACUUCGAACAGUUACAUGAACGACAAUAUCUCACCUUCAGCUCCAGCUGGCGACAUGCCGAACACAAACUUCUAUGGAGGAAGCAUGCCAUCAAAUGUUCAACAGAACAAUUACCCAUUCAGGGAUAUUCCGCGUCAUGCUCAAAGUGUCGGUUCCUCAAACGGUCAUCCUUCACAGUCUUUGCAACAGCAACAAUAUCAGGACAGUCACAGAACUUACAGAGACAUGCCAAGUUCGACGUCAAUGGUUCCUCCAGCUCCUGCAAGGGACAUGCCCUCUCACAUGUGGAACCCGAAUCUCCCUAGAUGGGAUGUUCCAGCUGAUGUUCAGCAGAAUGGUUACUCCGGAAAUAUAUCACAUGUGCAAAAUGGCGGAGCACAUACUGGCCGCUAUCCACCACAUACAUUUCAAGAUUAGCAGUACGAGAACACCUCUAGAGACCUCCAAUAUACAAACGAGACAGCAUCACCUCAAAAAUGGAACCACCUGAGCAUAACCCCAUCGAUGCAGAACAGCGUCCUCCAAUAUGUAAGUGUGACAGCAUGACCUCAAAAAUGGAACCAGCUGAGCAUAACCCCUUUGACGAAGAACAGUGUCAGCCCUAACAUCCUGGUGCAGAGUCAUCAGUACCAUGGUAAAGAUAUACCAGGGCAAUUUCAACAUAACAUGGGACUAUGGAGACCAUGCAGACAAAAGACCACCAGGAGCGCGAGAGUCCUACCGGUAUGCAUCAAAAUGAUGGAUAAUUUUGUGACAAAUACAAAGUCAUAUAAAUACUUGCAUAUGAUAUGAAGUUUUGUAUAAAAGGUGUAUCUCCAUUGAUGCUUUACUAAUUAAGCUGCUUUGGUUAUCACUCAUAACAGUCAUAAAUACUGUUACAUCUUAGAAGUAGGGGAAAAGGGGGGAGGGAAACCUGUCAAGAAUGCGGAAUUAGACAGAAUGACCGAAAGACAUAAUGCCUUCAAGUUGGCGAUUUUCUGUAGUAAAGUUUACUUCCUAUGA